UAGAGUACAGUUAUUGUAUGUGCUUUCUUUUAAAUUUCUUGGUAGUUGUGUCACAAAUUCUUGGUUAGCAACAAUAUGGCUUUAUGUAAGAACCAGGAAAUUGAUACCUAGUCUAGACUUCACUUGACCAUGAGCUUAACCAUUCACACCCAAAUUCCAAAAACAAAUCUCAAAUUUCUCAAAUCAAAAAUAUCAUGAGAGCCUUACCCCUUAGUAACAGUCUUCAACAGAGCCUGAGCAUGUUCAUGUUUCUUACCAUGUCCAAAUUGUGUGCUUCUGAUCUGUAGCAUCUCCCCAAACAAAACUAAGAGAGAGAGAGAGAGAGAGAGAGAGAGAGAGAGAAGUUAGCCAAAUGGAUGGUUUAAGCAAACCAAUCAUUGAACAUUGGAAGAAGCUCUGGGAAAUAUGGGAUGUCCGGGUAGUCAUCCUUGUUAGCCUCUUCUUGCAAAUCUUACUAAUCUUCUCUGCGCCUUUGAGAAAGCGAAUGUCAAGUGCUUUUGUAACCACGCCCUUGUGGUGGGCAUACUUGCUUGCAGACAUUACUGCUAACUUUGCAGUGGGACUCAUCUCCAAAAGCCAAUGGAGCACCUCUGGCUCUGAGACUUCUCCAGAUCUUCUGGCAUUUUGGGCACCCUUUCUCUUGGUUCACCUUGGAGGUCCCGACACCAUAACCGCUUUUGCCCUCGAGGAUAAUGAACUGUGGCUCAGGCACUUUCUUGGCCUGGGAUUCCAGUGUUGGGCUGUUAUCUAUGCAUUCGUUCAAUCAUAUCCCUUUAAAGAGCUUUGGCGCCCCACCAUGCUCAUGUUUUUUGCAGGCCUCAUCAAGUACACUGAGCGCACUCGGUCUCUCUAUCUCGCUAGCACGCGUAGAUUCAGAGACUCUCUGCUCACAGCACCUGAUCCUGGGCCUAACUAUGCCAAGCUCAUGGAUGAAUACACUUCAAAGAUCAAAGCAAAACUUCCCACAAGGAUAGAAAUGCUUCCAGAGCCUAAUCGGGUAAUCAAAACUGAAAGUGCUGGAGACAGACGACUUGUCCGAUUUGGAGGUGGUGCGACGUGCUUAUGGAUUUUUUGUAACUUUCAAGGGGCUGAUUGCCGAUCUGAUCUUCAGCUUGCUGAGAACUCAGGCAAUGCUGCUGAAAACAAUGCUGAGAACUCAGGCAAUGCUGCUGAAAACAAUGCUGAGAACUCAGGCAAUGCUGCUGAAAACAAUGCUGAGAACUCAGGCAAUGCUGCUAAUGCUGAGGGUUUCAAUGCUAAGAACUCAGAAAAUGCUGCUCAAAACAAUGCUAAGAACUCAGGCAAUGCUGCUAAUGCUGAGGGUUUCAAUGCUAAGAACUCAGAAAAUGCUGCUCAAAACAAUGCUAAGAACUCAGGCAAUGCUGCUAAUGCUGAGGGUUUCAAUGCUAAGAACUCAGAAAAUGCUGCUCAAAACAAUGCUAAGAACUCAGGCAAUGCUGCUAAUGCUGAGGGUUUCAAUGCUAAGAACUCAGAAAAUGCUGCUCAAAACAAUGCUAAGAACUCAGGCAAUGCUGCUAAUGCUGAGGGUUUCAAUGCUAAGAACUCAGAAAAUGCUGCUCAAAACAAUGCUAAGAACUCAGGCAAUGCUGCUAAUGCUGAGGGUUUCAAUGCUAAGAACUCAGAAAAUGCUGCUCAAAACAAUGCUAAGAACUCAGGCAAUGCUGCUAAUGCUGAGGGUUUCAAUGCUAAGAACUCAGAAAAUGCUGCUCAAAACAAUGCUAAGAACUCAGGCAAUGCUGCUAAUGCUGAGGGUUUCAAUGCUAAGAACUCAGAAAAUGCUGCUCAAAACAAUGCUAAGAACUCAGGCAAUGCUGCUAAUGCUGAGGGUUUCAAUGCUAAGAACUCAGAAAAUGCUGCUCAAAACAAUGCUAAGAACUCAGGCAAUGCUGCUAAUGCUGAGGGUUUCAAUGCUAAGAACUCAGAAAAUGCUGCUCAAAACAAUGCUAAGAACUCAGGCAAUGCUGCUAAUGCUGAGGGUUUCAAUGCUAAGAACUCAGAAAAUGCUGCUCAAAACAAUGCUAAGAACUCAGGCAAUGCUGCUAAUGCUGAGGGUUUCAAUGCUAAGAACUCAGAAAAUGCUGCUCAAAACAAUGCUAAGAACUCAGGCAAUGCUGCUAAUGCUAAGGGUGUCAAUGCUAAGAAGUCAGAAAGUGCUGCUAAAAAGAAGGAUUACCGUGAAUUGUCUAAGCUCCUGUCUAAUUACAUGUUAUACCUUCUAAUCAUGCAGGCAACAAUGAUGUCCACUGUGGCAGGUAUUGGGCAAAUAAGAUUCCGAGACACCUGUGCUGAGGCCAAGAAAUUCUUUCGUGGAAGAAAAAUAAAGAAGGACAAGAAGAAUUUGUGUCUCUACAAGUGCUUCUGUGGCAGUGAAUCGGAACACAAGCAGCAAAAUCAAACCAGCCCAAAAGCCCCCACUGCCCAAGAGCAACGAGGAGAGGAAACGACAUGCUCAUGCUUGAAUAUCUUUUGCUGCUUUAAGAUAUGCUGUUGCAAAGGGGAUUCAGUACCAGAUAAAGUGCAGAAACAUGCCUGCAAUAGUAUCCUUGGUGUUGAUACAGCAGUAAAACCAGUUGCUGUUAAAGGAGAUAGAAGCAAAUCUGUGUUGUUUGAUGCAUCCAUGUUGGCCAAAGAGAUGAAUAAAUUAGGAGAGGAAAAAAAAUGGGAGAUAAUGAGCAAAGUUUGGGUCGAAUUGCUGUCCUAUGCAGCGUGUCGUUGCAGAGCCAUUACCCAUGCCUCACAACUCAGCAAAGGUGGGCAGCUCAUCACUUUGGUUUGGCUGUUGAUGGCUCAUUUUGGGUAA